AUGUCGGCUCUUGUGUUCCCAAUUCGCACCAAAAUGGGUCAAUCGGAAGAUGCCAAAAUCAUAGUUGACUUUGACGAUUCCCAAGUGCCCGACGCUUUGGUCCAAUUUCUUCUGGUACUCGGCAUCUGCCUCGUCACGGCCAGUCUUGUUGCACUUUGCGUGCAUUUCUGCCUUCUGAAGCACUGCGAAUGCGCCACACAUUCCGAGACCUCUCCACAAGCCUCGCAUCGAGUCUCUCCGACUCCUGACAACGUUAGAGCCGCGACCUUGACUCCUGCCCUUCGACUGCCCUGUAAGCUGAACUCGGAUUUGGCUCCUCUUCUGCAUACCGGACCCGGCUGCCCCAGUACUCUUACUUCCGGUCGCAUGGCAACAACAUACAUUGGGACGGAAAGUAGUGAUUGGCUCUUCCCUUACCAACGAGAUGCAGACAACUCGAAUCAACACGAGGCCGAACAACCGCCCUCUUACGAGCGUGCAGUUCAGCAGAUAUCUCCACCACAAGGACUUAUCGCCUUUUUGAUGCCACAAAAGUAG